AUGACCCAUGUGGGGGAGGAAAUGCUGAGGUGUCAGAGGAGGAAUGACGUCCUGCACUGGGCCAUUUGUGCGAAGAGAGGGACGGUUUGUCCUGAGGUCUCCAGGGAAAGAGAAAGAGCGCCAGAGACAGCUUGUGACAGUCACGCAGAGAGACAGCCAGCCCGCAGGCUCCUGUAUUUCUUUCAUAUUGUGGCCUUCACCUCUGUCGAGCUGGAUCCUCCGUGCAUUGACGGGGUGCACCUUUCUGGAGAGGAGCAUGAAUUCUACGCACUUGUGUCUGCAGAGCUUGACCACUUUUUACAGCAGGGAAACCAGGAGGCAGUCCUGUUGUUCCCGCCGGUUUCUAGCCGCCUCCGGUAUCUGAUCCACCGGCUCACAGAGUCUUAUGAUGCACUAAGCAGCUUUUCAGUCGGCGAGGGGUGGCAGCGGCGCACUGUCAUCUGUCAUGCUGGUGUCAGGCUACCCGACAAGGACGGAGAAUCCAAAACUAAUUCACGUGAUCAAAAUCGUGGUCAUUUUUGGAGUGUCCCCUCACACAGCAAAAAAUGGGAGACAGGCAGAGGAAGGCAGAACUGGAGGCAGCGCAAAGAUAGGAGACCAGACAGAGAAUUGUAUGCAGCCAGAGGAAAGCCCUGGGAAAGAGAGGAACAUCAGAGGAGUUGUGUAAAGGAAGAGGAAAGGCAGCGGGGGGCACUAGAAAGUGGGCAUUAUGUGGGCAAUGGAAAUGAAGAGGCUUUGCAGAAGGAAAAAAUAGUGUUGGAGGCUGAGGUUGGACCAUGCAGAAAGGAAAUUGUAGGGGGAAAAGAAGAGGUUCAGUCUGAGGUGGAGAUGCAGGAGAAGAGGCCAGGAAAGAUGGAGAGCAGUGGUGAUGACAGAUUACAGAACUCGGGUGCAUGCCAAAAACUUCAUGAAAAUGAAGGCAAGGAAAGAUCUGGUCAGGCAGCAGAAGCUGAAAAGUGUCUGCAGGACUUGGAUAUGGGACAGGAUCGUGUGAGAGAGGAAGAGGCAAGAUUAAACAAUCAGGGGUUGCUAGACAAAUCGGUCGAUGACCAAGUUGUAUCUGAUCAGAGAGCAGCCAAGAGAUCGGAGAGGGUGGAGGAGGAAGCAGAGACAAGUACAUUGAUUGCAGGUAUGCUGGAGAAGGUGGAUCAGGAAGAUGUGGAGGUGAGAGCGGAGUCUUAUGAAGAAAAAGGGACCAUGAUGGCUCUUGAGGAGGCAGGGGUUCCAGCUGAGCCUAGAGAGGAGGCAGAAAUACCAGAAGGAGGUCAGGAUCAGGCAGAGAUGACGGUGGUGGUUCAGGAGCAUGCAGAUGUGAGGGAAGAGGCUGAUGUUGAAAAAGAAGGGAAGAAGAUGGCUUGUGAGGAGGUAGGGAAGCCAUCUGAGGCUCAGGAGAAAGGAGGGAUUCCAUUGCCUUCAGAGCCUAGAGAGGAGACAAAGAUACCAGAAGAGGGUCAGGAGGAGAAAGAGAUGAAGGCAGAGGUUCAGCAGCAAGCCGAUAUUAGAAUGGAGGCUCAAGAGGAGGCAGAAAGAAGUGUGGUGGCCCUGGACGAGGCAGAAAUUGAACCGCCCUUAUCCAGGAGUAAUGUGGAAUCUGAACAAGACCAAGCUGAAAAAGAGGAGUCAAUGGCAAAGAAGCCUGUUGAAGGAGCCAAGCUGGAGCAUACGGCACAGAGCGAUGAAGAACAGGAGAAGAUAAUGGAGCAGAUCCUGGCAGAGAUUAAGUCUCACGUUUCUGUAAAGGAUGUCCAUAUACAGCCUCUCCUGGAGGAUUUUUCAGAAUUUUCAGAAGUUCAAGUGGAUCGUGGGAGAUUUGGACACAUUAUUGAAGUGUAUGGUUUCUCUUCCGAGCUCCGUGCUGAGGAUCUCAUGGAGCCCUUUAAGGAAUACAGAGACAGAGGUUUCCGCCUGCAGUGGGUCGAUCAAACUCAUGCCCUGGGAAUAUUCUCCAGCCCUGAGGACGCUUAUGCCGCUUCCAUCCAAAAGCACCCAGCUAUGAAGUUUCGACCUUUGUCUCAAGGCAGUCGCCAGUCCAAAUUUCGGGCUUACGAAAAAGCAGAAUCCAUGCACCCCCAUAUGGAGAGACCACGAACCGAUGCAACUGUGGCAAGAAGACUUGUGACUCAAGCGCUGGCACUGCCAAAGGAGGUGCCGGACCAAUCUUCAGUAGAGUGAGCCCAAACCUUGCAGUCUGUUACUCCUGAGAACCUGCAUGUGCUAGCCACAUGUGUGCUGCUGACACGUCUAGGUCAACUUGUGGUGGGUGAAGAGGAUACGAGUGUAUCGUAGCCAUACUUGGCAAACUAACUCCAUCUGUACAAAGCAUUUUAUUUUCCAUAUGGGUGAGGUCUGUCUCACAGCACAGACUUCAGGGUUCUUACUUUUUAAGGUGCUAAGGCCCCUCUGCCUAUAGAUUUGUUUAGUUUAGACCACCCAGAGUGGCAUGCACGCCAAAGAGGGUCUAUCCACUAACCUGCCACACAUCGUUUCUAUAACAGGGACAAAAUCUAUUUAGUUGGACCAACCAGAUGUUUGACCCUAAGGGGCCCGUUCACACGACGGGUUUUACAGUGUAACAGCCGCUGCAAAAUUUUGCGGAAUAUCCACCAGCAGCCAAGUCCUUUCUGCCUCUGAUUCAUUUCAAUGGGAGGCAGUGCUGAAGAUCACCAUGUCUUUGGCCAUAGACAUGUCCCUUUUUGGUGCGGCCGUGGCUAUAAGCUGCUGCUCCGCGAUCCUCAGUGCUGCCUCCCAUUUAGAUCUAUCGGAGGAUGAAUGGACACUUCUGCGGCAGAUUUUCAGAAGAAUUUUGGCACAGUUGCCCGCACCAAAAACAUGUUGUAAAACCUCCCUCGUGAACUGGCCUUUUGCUGAUACCAUUAUUCCUUAAAUUUCUGUGUCAGGAGCAGGGAAGGGGGUGCUAGUCUUCCAUUCCAGAUGCCUUAAAGCAGCAGUACCUCAAAGUUGACUUGUUUUCUUUGUUGAAUGUAAUGGCCAUAUUGUUUGAUGGCUAAUAUCAUGUGACAGUAACAAUGAUGUCAAUGGUUG